AACUUUAUUUGCAUAAUGGAUACUUCGUAUUCAAACUCAUUCAACCCUCUCUAUAUUUCUCACUUUUUGUUCCUUUUGUUUUUGGCAUCUUCAUGUCUGCACACUAGCAGUCACUUCUGUUUCUGUUUGGUUGAUGGAGUUCCAAGCACUGGUAGUGUGAGAUCAUGCAUCGAGGAAGAGAGAAGUGCGCUUCUCAGUUUUAAACAGGAUCUCAAGGAUCCCUCUGGAAGGCUUUCUUCUUGGGCGGGUCGCGAUUGCUGUCAAUGGCAAGGGAUUUCGUGCAACAAUCGCACCGGUCAUGUGGCGAAGGUGAAUCUCCGGAAUCCGUUUCCAUAUGUUUUCGUGUAUGACGACGAGUGGCACGAGUUGGCUUAUAAGCAGUCUUGCUUGGGGGAAUACAUCUAUCUCAAUGGAGUGGAUCUUAGCAGCACAGGAGUUCCAAAUUGGCUGCAUCAUGUUAACAUGGUUCCUUCCUUAUUGGAGUUACACUUAUCUAAUUGCUUCAUUGAAGGCCUUCCACUAUCACUCCAGAAGAAUAACUUCACUUCACUUUCGGUCCUUGAUUUGUCAGAUAAUACCAUCAAUACUUCUCCAUUUCCCAGUUGGCUUUUCAAUCUUACCAGCCUCAGAAAACUUGAUCUAAGCGAGAAUACUUUCAGUGUUCCUUUUCCCGGGUCGAAUUCCCAGAGUCAUUGGAACGAUUUUGAUGGUGAGAAAAUUGAAGAGUUUUGGAGGAGUUUGUCAAACUGUCCAAAUAAUACAAUAGCAUUAGAAUCACUAGAUUUGUCUUCUUGUGGGCUCGAAGGCCAACUGCCGGACUCCUUAGGAAUGUUAACAAGUUUGCAGCAUCUCAACCUCGAGAAUCUCUUUCUUUGGGGUUCAAUUCCAGAAUCUAUUGGAAACUUGUCAUCCUUGAAAACAAUGGACCUGUCUAGUAAUAAUAUGAACGGCUCAAUUCCAGAAAGUUUGGGAAAACUCUCCGAGCUAGUUAAACUAGAUCUUUCUUGGAAUUCAUGGGAAGGCAUUCUAACGGAAGCCCAUUUCAUAAAUCUCACCAGCUUAAAAGCCAUUUCAAUAUCCAAUAAGAUAAAUGCAAAGCCCAUGUCCCUCGUUUUAAACGUGACUUAUGAUUGGGUCCCUCCUUUCAAGCUCCAUGCACUUAACAUUAGAGACUGCAGAGUAGGUCAUGGUUUUUGGGUAUUGCUUCAAUCUCAAACUGAACUAGUAUAUGUCAGCCUUCGUAAUACUUUCAUCUCGGGUUCCAUAUCAGAGGAAUGGUUGUCAAAGAUAUCUUCUCAAGUCGAACUUUUGGAUUUAUCUUACAACAACUUCAGUGGAAGGCUUCCAUUACAAUUGAAGUUUCCAAAGCUAUCUGUUAUCAAUGUGGGUCAUAAUCAAUUGGAGGGCCCACUUCCAAUUUGGCCCACUAAUGCCUCCUUAUUAGAUCUUCAAAGCAAUUUAUUUUCAGGGCCAAUUCCCUCCAAUUUAGACCAAUUGAUGCCUGGAUUGACUGAUCUUGAUGUUUCUGAGAAUCAUUUGAAUGGUACUAUUCCACUCUCUAUUUGCAAUGUGAAGGGUAUGAUGACAAUUUCGCUAAGACACAAUCAACUAUUUGGAGAGUUCCCCCAACGGUGGAGUUUGGGGAGUGGAAUAUUCAGUAUUGAUGUCUCACACAACAAUCUUUCGGGUAAUAUUCCGAGUUCAGUGGAUAUCCCAAGUUCUCUUGAACAUUUUAAGGUGAAUAAUAAUAAUUUUGGUGGUGAGAUUCCUUUUUCCUUGCAAAAUUGCACUGGUUUGAUCAUACUUAAUCUUGCACACAACAAAUUCACUGGAAACAUACCUUUAUGGCUUGGAUCAAAAGUAUCAGGAUUGAUAGUGUUACAACUGCGAUCCAACCUUUUAAGUGGGCAUAUCCCUCACCAUUUCUGCAAUCUUGUCCGCCUUCGCGUCCUAGACCUUUCUCACAACAACUUUUCAGGGACCAUUCCCAAGUGUCUGAAAAAUAUGAUUGCUCUUGUCGAAGCUGAUGUUACACGCACGUAUUUCUCAAUCGAUGGACGAACAACAAUAACUUCAAAAGGGAAAGAGCUCGAAUAUGGAGAUGAACAGUUAUCCUUGUGGGGAAACUUGAUUGAUCUUUCGUCAAACAAUUUUGAAGGUGAAAUCCCUGAACAAGUAGGCAGUAUGGUUGAAUUGAAUACAUUGAACUUGUCGAUGAAUCGAUUAACUGGAGAGAUUCCUUCAAGCUUCGGAAAAUUACGUUGGCUUGAAACUCUUGAUCUCUCACACAACCAGCUUUCAGGACAUAUCCCUCAAAACUUUUCUUCUUUAACCUUCCUAUCUCACUUGAACUUAUCUUACAACAACUUGAUUGGAAAUAUACCUUCGGGAAACCAACUCCAAACCCUCGAUGAUCCAUCUAUUUAUGAAGGCAAUCCGUUAUUGUGUGGGGCUCCUCUUUCAACUAUUUGCCCUGGAGAUGAUACACGUUCAAGGCAGACUUUUACUUCAGAAGAUCACAGUAAAGAUGAAAACGAAAUGUUUUGGUUUUAUGUUGGCAUGGCACUUGGUUUCAUUAUAGGCUUUUGGGCUGUUUGUGGACGUUGGUCCUAA